AUGCUGUCCCACAACGGCAACGGCACGAGCACGCAUCCACAGCCGCAGCUGCAACCGCAGGAUCAGCAGCAGCCCAUCCUGCGACCGCAUUCGACUCCAGUCAAGCGGAGGAGGCGAACCGGUAACGGCCCCGAUGCUCGUUCAUGCCCUCACUGCGGGCGAACCUUCAAGCGCACCGAACACUUGGAGCGCCAUGUGCGAACGCACACCAAAGAAAAGCCGUUUAUCUGUCGGUGUGGAGCUGCCUUUGCCCGUCGAGACCUGUUGACUCGCCAUCAGCGGAUUGCGUCCCAUGAGGAUGGAUCCGAAUCGCCGGAGGGCCCCUCGGAGCCGGACUCCGGAGAGAUACACGGCCCGGUUGAGGCUGACCUCGCCGCCGCCGCAUCUCUGUCGGGAAUGAGCGUGAACCAUUGGGCACAACCGCCACCGCCUGCAGCGCAGGCAGAUCUGUAUCCCAUGGCGGUCCCCAGGAACGGCGCUCUCGUGGAUGCCUCUUCUUAUCAGCAGACUCUCCUCGCAGACCAGUUCUAUGAAAACGUGUCAGGCAACCAAGAUGCUGUGGGGUUCGACGCUCAUUUCAGAGAGUUUGCCAACUUCCUCGACGGUGUCGGUCUGCCGGCCGAAUGGAGUCCCUACUUCCAUGGCCCCGACCGGGACAAUGAGGUCGCGGACUCGGUUAUCAAAGAGUCGAGAGAAGGCACGGCUACGCCUGGUGCUCGGAAUAGUAGGACCCGUCCGGGGACUCCGUUCAGCUCGUGGCUACCGUCAGCCCCGACAGGGAAUCGUAUCACAGAGGCCCUACCAGAUACAAAUCCGCGUUCUGUCGAUACCGAGUCGCAGCCGUACCGCGUUUCGGACGAGCAGCGGUUCCGACUCAACGCCUCCAUCGAGACGUUCCGAGAUGUCCUCGACCCGGACUUCAAGUUUCCUUCCCGCCAUGCACUCACCCGCUACAUGACGUCCUUCUUCGAAGGCUUCCACUCGCAUAUGCCUUUCAUCCACACGCCGACGUGGCGGAUUUCCGAGCACUCGGUCGAGCUCAUACUCGGCCUCGCCGCUGUGGGUGCUCAGUAUUGUUUUGAACAUCGCAUGUCCGAGAGGCUAUUCCACGCCGGCAAGGCCAUCUUGUUGGAAAGACUCGUGCAUGAGUCCGACAAGUUCGGACCAAGGACCGGCUCCUCCCUGAAUCUGCACAGCUUGUCGCCCCAACACCGCGGAUCAAGAGACGCCCGAGAACGAGACUGGGGUUCCUGGGAGCCCAUAGAGACAGUGCGUGCCCUCAUUGCCCUCAUGGGCUACGCCACGUGGGAGCCCAAGAUGUCCCUGGUGCAAGAGGCGUUCGCCCUUCAAGCGCUGCUGGCGCAAGUCCUCCGCGAACUUGGUCUCCACGAAGAGGACGGACCCGGUGUCGCCGUGGAGCAGACCACGCCGCAAGCUGCGUGGCACGUCUGGAUACGGCAAGAGUCCGUACGGCGGGCGAAGCUCAUUGCCUUCUCCUUCAUGCACACCCACAGCAUCGCAUACAACGUGUAUCCCGUCCUGCGAAGCAACGAGGUCGGCCUGCGGCUGCCGUGUUCGACAGGCGAGUGGAAGUCCCAGACCGCGUGUCAGUGGCAAAGCGCCCGCCGCGAGAGCGGGAAACAGCAGCUCUUCUUUCAGGAUGCCCUGUCGCUGCUCCUGAGGAACACGGACGGCACGGCGCCCGUCGAUCCGAUCCCGACGCCCCUGGGAAACUACAUUCUCCUGCACGGCCUGCUGCAGAGAAUCUACAUUGUCCGGGACCUCUCGCUGCCGGUGAUGGAUCAUUCGGCGUCGUUGCCGAGUGAGGAGGUUGACAAGCUCGAACGCGGAUUACGGUCGUGGACUGCGGGAUGGCAACAGGCCCCUGAAUCGAGCCUCGAUCCAAACAACGAGAACGGGCCAAUCCCGUUCACGUCAAGCUCUUUGCUCGGCCUGGCAUACGUCCGCAUCUACCUCCACCUUGGUCCGUACCGGUUGCUCGAGACGCGAGACCCCAUACGCAUCGCCAAAGCCAUCAGCCGGUCUCCUGCGGUGGAACGCAGCAGCGGCGUCAUCACCGCGCUUCUCUACACGGCUCACAUGCUCAGCAUCCCCGUCCGUCUGGGUGUCGACCGCGUCGCCCGCAGUCAGGCCUUCUUCUGGAGCGUCCGACACUCACUCUCGGGCCUCGAGUGCGCCGUGUUGCUAAGCAAAUGGCUCUCGUCGCUGACCGCAUCCACAGCCUCCACGCCACUAAGUGAUAGCGAGGACAGAAUUCUGCAUUGGGUUCGGUGCAUUGUGGAAGAGGCGUACGACGUCGUCGACUUUGAGGACGACGAGCCCGAAGUAUCGGCGGACCGGGAUGCGGCCUCGCUGAGUCUGGCGGUGCUGAAGAUCUGGGCGCACUUCUUUAAGAGCAACACGCAGUGGCCGUUUAUCAACAUCAUCGGCAAGAGCUUGGAAAAGUACCGAGGGCUGCUUAUGCACAGCAGAUUGCAGCAAGUUUCGUAG